AUGUUCUCCUCCACCUUCCGCGCUGCGGCCCGCGCGCCCACCUCGACCUUCGCACGCAGCUUCUCGUCCACCCGCCCCUCGCAGGUCGCGCGCAUGACCGUCAUCGGCCGUCUCGGAGUUGCGCCAGAAGAAGUCACCGUCUCUGGCGACAGGACACUCGUGCGCUACGUAGUAGGAACGAGCUACGGCAAGGGCGAGGACAAGAAGACCAGCUGGUUCCGGAUUGCGAGUUUCGUGCAGGGCGCGCAGAAGGAUUUCCUGAUGAACGUGCCCAAGGGAUCGAUGCUCUAUGUGGAUGCGGAUGCGCGCAUGGAGACGUACCUUGACAGCGAGGGCAACAAGAAGAGCAAUUUGAGCUUGGUUGCACGCAACUUCGAUGUCUUGUCUCGAGCUCGUACUGAGGACACGGAGAACAACGACGAGGGCCUUGUUCAGGAAGCUUCUGGUUAA